AUUAAUCAUUAUUAUCAAACCGAUACGUUUUUACCAUCCAUACCAUAACCCCAAUCAAAAUGACUCCCGCCAUGAACACAUUGUUCAUCCUCUCUUCUCCUGCUGCUCCUCCUCCUCCUCCUCAUCCGUCCGUUUCUAUUUUCUCAUCUUUCAGUCCUUCCUCAUUUAUCCUCCAAAACCUAGAUUUCUGUUCCCCCAAGCCACUCCCAUUAUACUCACCUCCAUUUCGACUUUCCAUCAAGUCCCCCAAAUGCUCUGCUUUCUCUUUCAAUUCUGAGCUAUCUAAUGUUUAUGAUGAAGAAGGAGGAGCAGCGGAAGACGAUUCCCCAAAGUUCUCUGCUUUCCCUUUCAAUUCUGAGCUAUCUGAUGUUGACGAUGAAGAAGGAGGAGAAGAGGAAGACGAGGACGAGGACGACGAAGAAGCUGCUGAAGAGUACGACUACGUUUCGGACGGAAUCGAACCAAGCGAAGACGAAACAGAAAUAUCUGUGGAUUCGCUAGAAGAAGUAGUAACUUGGCGCAAGGAGUCCAAGUGGCAGAGAGUUGAGAAGAUUCGUGACGCAGUUAAAGAGUUUGGAAAUGACAUUCUAGAUGUUCAUGAACUCGCUUUCAUUUACGAUUUCCGUAUCGAUAAAUUUCAGCGCUUGGCGAUUGAAGCCUUCUUGAAUGGCUCAUCGGUUGUGGUUUCGGCGCCAACUAGCAGUGGAAAGACAUUGAUAGCUGAAGCUGCAGCAGUUGCUACAGUAGCUCGAGGAAGGAGGAUAUUCUACACCACUCCGCUUAAGGCAUUAUCUAAUCAGAAGUUUCGUGAUUUUCGGGAGACAUUCGGGGAAGAAAACGUCGGACUUCUUACAGGGGAUUCUGCGGUUAAUAAAGACGCCAAUGUUUUGAUAAUGACUACAGAGAUUUUGCGCAACAUGUUGUACCAGAGCAUUGGGAUGGUUUCUUCUGGGAGUGGACUUUUCCAUGUGGAUGUGAUUGUUUUGGAUGAAGUUCAUUUUCUAAGUGACAUAUCUCGGGGUACAGUGUGGGAGGAGAUAGUCAUUUAUUGCCCAAAAGAGGUUCAGCUAAUAUGUCUAUCAGCCACUGUAAAGAAUCCGGAUGAGCUGGCUGGUUGGAUUAAUGAGGUUCAUGGUAAAACUGAAUUGGUGACAUCGUCAAAGCGUCCAGUUCCGUUGAGUUGGCACUUUUCAACAAAGGCUUGUUUGUUCCCUCUUCUUGAAGAUAAAGGAAAGCACAUGAAUAGGAAGCUGUCACUUAAUUAUUUACACUUAUCUGCUUCAAAAGUUAAAUCUUAUAAGGAUGAUGGUCCUAGAAGAAGGAAUUCAAGAAAACGUGGGAGUAAUAUGGGAAUAACUAGUAUUGCUAACAUGUCUGAAGAACCUCUCUCGAAAAAUGACAUAGGCAGAAUCCGCCGCUCAAUGGUACCUCAAGUGAUUGAUACAUUAAAACAGCUUAAGGUGAAGGACAUGCUGCCAGCAAUUUGGUUUAUUUUUAGUAGGAGAGGAUGUGAUGCAGCUGUGCAGUACCUUGAAGGUUUCAAGCUCUUAGAUGAGUAUGAGACAAUUGAGGUUGAAAUGGCUGUGAAGAGGUUCAGCAUUCAGAAUCCUGAUGCUGUGAGGGAUACUGCAGUCAAAGGACUUUUGAAAGGUGUUGCUGCACAUCAUGCUGGCUGCCUCCCUCUAUGGAAAUCAUUUACUGAGGAACUGUUUCAAAGAGGACUUAUUAAGGUUGUGUUUGCCACAGAAACACUUGCUGCUGGAAUCAAUAUGCCUGCACGAACAGCUGUUAUAUCUUCUCUCAGCAAGAGAAGUAGUACUGGACGUAUCCAAUUAACCCCAAAUGAACUGCUUCAAAUGGCUGGGCGAGCUGGACGUAGAGGUAUUGAUGAAAAGGGUCAUGUCGUACUGGUUCAGACUCCUAAUGAAGGUGCUGAAGAGUGUUGCAAGCUUCUGUUUUCUGGACUAGAACCUCUUGUUUCACAGUUUACAGCUUCUUAUGGUAUGGUUCUGAAUCUCCUUGCCGGUACAAAAGUCACUCGUAUAUCAAAUGAAUCAGAAGAUAUGAAAGUUCUUCGGGGAGGGAGAACUUUGGAAGAAGCAAGGAAAUUAGUUGAGCGAAGUUUUGGGACCUACAUUGGUAGCAAUGUAAUGCUUGCUUCAAAAGAGGAAGUUGCUAAAAUACAGAAAGAGAUUGAAAAACUAACUUUAGAUAUCAGUGAGGAUGCAAUAGAUAAAAAGAGCAGACAAGUCCUAUCUGAGAUGGCAUAUAAGGAGAUUGCUGAACUGCAGGAGCAAUUGAGAGAACAAAAACGGCUUCGAACAGAACUACGCAGGAUAAUGGAGAUGAAGCGAUUGAGUUCCCUUAAACUUUUCUUUAAGGAUUUGCGAAAUGAUCAUCUACCCUUUCUGUGCUUGCAAUACAAAGAUUCUGAAGGAGUUGAACAUUCAGUCCCUGCAGUUUAUUUAGGGAAGGCUGAUUCCUUUGAUGGUUCCAAACUUCAAAAAGCAGUUUCUGCCAGUAAUUCAACUGCAAUAAAUGGUGUAAUAGUUGAAUUAGAUUCUGGUGAAGUGGAAACUCUUGAGGAUAUUGAGCCAUCUUAUUAUGUUGCUCUAGGUUCAGAUAACUCUUGGUAUCUUUUUACUGAAAAAUGGGUUAAAUCUGUUUAUAGGACAGGCUUUCCCAACAUUGCUUUGGCUCAGGGUGAUGCUUUACCUGAUGAAGUUAUGUGGAAGCUACUUGAUAUGGAAGAGAAGCAGUGGGAAAAGCUUGCUGAUUCUGAACUUGGUGGCUUAUGGUACAUGGAAGGUUCUCUGGAGACAUGGUCAUGGAGUUUAAAUGUGCCAGUUUUAAAUAGUCUUUCUGAGAAAGAUGAGGAAUUACAUAUGUCCCAAGCCUACCGUGAUGCCCUAGAAAAUUACAAGGGACAAAGAACUAAGGUUGCACGGUUGAAGAAGAAGAUUGCACGUACAGAAGGCUUCAAGGAAUAUAAAAAGUUAUUAGAUUGGAAGAAUUUUACGGAGGAUAAAAUUAAACGUCUUAAGAUUAGGUCGGAACGUUUGAUCAAUCGAAUAGAGGAAAUUGAACCAUCCGGUUGGAAGGAAUUCUUGAAGAUCAGCAACGUUGUACAUGAAAUUAGGGCAUUAGACAUCAAUACACAUGUGAUAUUUCCUCUUGGUGAAACUGCUGCUGCAAUUCGAGGUGAGAAUGAACUUUGGCUCGCAAUGGUUCUUCGAAAUAAAAUCUUACUGGAUUUAAAACCAGCACAACUUGCUGCUGUCUGUGCAAGUGUAGUGUCUGAAGGUAUGAAAGUUCGUGCAUGGGAAAAUAACAGCUACAUAUAUGAACCUUCUACUGCAGUGCUCAAUGUUAUUGAAAUCUUGGAUGAGCAAAAAAGCUCUAUUUUGCAACUUCAGGAAAAACACGGUGUAGAAAUAUCCUGUUUUUUGGAUAGCCAAUUUUCAGGAAUGGUUGAAGCUUGGGCUUCAGGACUUACUUGGAGAGAAAUUACAAUGGAUUGUGCAAUGGACGACGGGGAUCUAGCUCGACUAAUAAGACGGACAAUAGACUUACUGGCUCAAAUUCCUAAAUUGCCAGAUAUUGACCCUGUAUUACAAAGCAAUGCAAAGACUGCAUAUGAUAUCCUUGACCGUCCGCCAAUAAGCGAACUGGCGGGGUGACAUCCGCUGCUGUCAAUAGCUACUUGUAAAGCUGUGACACCAUAUUGGUAAUCAUAUACAAAACUGCUGAUCUUCAAGAAUUUUUUCCAUCCCAGAUGGUCCAAUUUCCUCAGUUGAUCAAUCAAACGGUUUGAUCUAAUUUUCACGCUUUUAAUUUUAUCCUCUGUAAAACUCUUCAAAUCUAAUAUCUUUUUAUAUUCUUUCAAGCCUUCUGUACGUGCCACCUUAGUUCUCUGCCCCUUUUAAUGUUCUAGAGCAUCAUGAUAGGCUUGUGACAUACGUAGUACCUCGUUUUUCUCAGAAAAACUAUUUAAAACUGGCAAGCCACUAGUUCAGAAUCAGCAAGCUUUUCCCACUAUUUCUCUUCAUACAAAGUAGCUUCCACAUAACCUCAUCAGGUAAAGCAUCACCCUGGGCCAAAGCAAUGUGGGGAAAGCCUGUCCUGCAAACAGUUUUAACCCAUUUUUCAGUAAAAAGAGAUACCAAGAGUUAUCCGAACCAAGAGCAACAUAAUAAGAUGGUUCAAUAUCCUCAAGGGUUUCCACUUCACCAGAAUCUGAUUCACUGGCAGAAACAGCUUUUUAAGUUUUGAACCAACAAAAGAAUCAACCUUGUAUUUACACUGAAAAUUUGAUGUAUUCAUUCAUUUAUCAAAUUCAUGACGUGUGCGUGUUUAUAUAUCAAGAGUUGCCCCAGUUGCUUGUCAAAA